GUAAAGGUGCCCAUUGCUAUGUCUUUACUAAGGAGAAUGUUGAUUUUUCUGAAUAAACCAGGAAUCAGAACACGUAAAGGUAAAUUUGAAACAGUUAAAGUAUUUUUGUCCUAAACAAGUCAAUAACUCAACUAGUCAAUGGUUUUAAUUAUUAAAUACAAAUUUGGGAAUUUCAGUUAAUUGGGGAUUCUAUAAUUAGUGCCUUCGAUCCAAAGAAAGGCAUUGACCAGAGAAAGAAAAAAAAAAACAGAUAUUACAUACUAGAGAGGGUUACCGGAAAUCUAGUCCCCAUGGAUGACGUGGCGAGUAAAGAGGGCUACGUGUGUUACCAACUUCCGGCACGUCCACUUCGUUGGUUAUUGCAGUUGCCCAUGUUCGUGCUUGUAUUUACUUUGUUGGUAAAUAGCAACUGUGUUUCUUCCUACUCAUCAGGAUACUGGGAUUUUACCUGCAACAAUUCCACAGAUAUGAGCAGUUCAGGGUUUAUGGACUGUGCUUCUUUCUGUCAUCUGACCAUUAAUCAGGAAAUAGGGAAGUUGGGUCCUAAAAACCCCGGUGUAUGCUCGGAAGAGGCCAAACAUCUUCCUAUAUGUGAAUGUGGAUUCAAAAUGUUGGACUCUUGCUUCUUGAACAAGAAUAAGAUGCUUGAAAUCGAAAAGGGAGCAAAUGACUUUAACAUACCUAUAAUCAGAUCCAACCGAAAGUUAGUUGCUUCUACUGAUGGAGGUCUGCAAAACCCUUCUUGUUUAGUCUUCAAUUCUGCAUGGAAGGUCCAACAACUAGAAAAUGAACCAAACAAAAGGCUCAAUUAUCCAUCACCUGCUGGUAUACAAAGACCAAAAAGUGAUGAGGAUAUAGCAUUCAUGAGUAUUCUUGAACUCGGUCAACUUCUCAAGGCAAAUCUAAUCACAUCAGUAGAGCUGACUGGAAUUUUUUUGAAGAGACUGAAGAGGUAUGGUCCUGUCCUUGAAUCCGUUGUUACAAUUACUGAAGAAUUAGCAUACAAACAAGCAAAAGAGGCUGAUCAACUGCUUGCUGAAGGCAAAUAUUUGGGUCCUCUUCAUGGGAUUCCCUAUGGUCUGAAGGACAUCAUAGCUGUACCUAGCUAUACCACAACAUGGGGUUCAACAUCUUUUAAAGACCAAGUUCUUGAUAUUGAAGCUUGGGUGUAUAAGAGGCUGAAAUCUGCCGGGGCAGUUCUUGUUGCAAAGUUGGUAACUGGUUCUUUAGCAUAUGAUGACAUCUGGUUUGGUGGUAGAACAAGAAACCCGUGGAAUAUCGAGGAAUAUUCUACAGGAUCAUCAGCAGGGCCUGCUUCUUGCACCUCAGCAGGUUUGGUUCCAUUUGCAAUUGGUUCAGAAACUUGCGGCUCUAUUACCUAUCCAGCUUCUCGCUGUGGUGUGACGGCACUGCGGCCCACUUUUGGAGCAGUUGGUCGAACGGGCGUUAUGAGCAUAGCUGAAAGCUUGGAUAAAUUAGGCCCUUUUUGUAGAAAUUCUAUGGAUUGUGUAAUUGUUCUGGAUGCCAUUAGAGGAAAGGACCCAGAUGAUGUUUCAUCCAGAGACAUACCCUUUAGCGAUCCAUUCUCAGUUGACAUCACAAAGCUCACUGUUGGAUAUCUUGAGGAUGCUGAUAUGGGCGUUGUUCAUGUACUUCAAUCAAAGGGAGUGAAUAUGGUCCCAUUUAACCUGAGUUACACUGUUGAUUCUGCCCAAGGCAUCCUCAAUUUCACAAUGGACGUUGAGAUGCUGGCUCACUUUGACAAGUGGCAACGCUCAAAUCUUGAUGAUGAAUAUGAAGCCCAAGAUCAAUGGCCUAUUGAGCUUCGCCGAGCACGUGCCAUAUCUGCUGUUGACUAUGUUCAGGCACAAAGAGCUAGAGGUAUAUUGAUUCAGCAAGUGAGAGAAAGCUUCAAAGUUGAUGCAUUUAUUGGAAAUGCAACUGACUGGGAGAAAGUUUGUGUUGGCAAUCUUGUGGGUAUCCCAGUUGUAGUUGUUCCAACAGGAUUCAAAAAGAUAUGUGAUGCACCAAAUGAUACUCGCAGGAGAACAACAAUCACUACUGGAAUAUAUGCUCCUCCAGACCGUGAUCAUGUCGCCUUAGCUUUAGCAAUGGCUUAUCAAUCAGUCACCGAUCAUCAUAAGCAGCGGCCACCAAUUGACGACCUUGGGCCAAAUGAUUUAAUUCCAGACUCACCAAAAUCCCUGUAGUGGGUUGAAGAUUGUUUAUGCUCUCAAGUGCUUGAUGUGAACCUGCAUGUGCUUGAACCUGUUGUGUCUCAGACCAGCAUUUGUAGCAGUUAAAACCAUGAAAAAUAUUAAUUAAACUUCUGUUGAGGAAGAGAAAAUUCUGUCUACUUCUCUCUCUUAGGCCUCUUUCUCUGUUUUAUGGUUCUAAUUUUGUGAAAUUUCUUUUUACUUUGAUCUAUAAAUGAUUUUAACUUAUGUAUUUUAGUGUAUUAUAUAUCCAAGCUGAAGAGUAUCACUUCUGCUGAGAAUUUGAAAUCAAUAUUAGGUUUUUUCUUUUUUGGUUUUCCUUGAUGA